AUGGAAGCCAGCCAAAUCAAGCCCAAUAGUGGCGCCACAGUCCCCGAUGUGGUCGCCGUUGGAGAAGAAAGUGAAACACAAAAAGCCUGGAUUGAGAAGCGAAAGAUCAACCCUGAUAACCGCAUUCAUGUCAAAAAGCUGUCCCACAUGCGAUACCAACACCCUGACCUUGAAGAGAUCCAUCAAUUCAUGACCGAUUUUGGAAUGCAAGUUGCAAAGAAAACCGAUGAUGAGAUUUGGUACCGGGGAUACGGAUCUGAUCAAUACGUCUACUAUGCGCGGAAAGGACCGAAGCAGUUCCUAGGGGGCACCUUUGAGGCUUUGAGCCAACGAGACUUCAACCAAGCAGCGAGUCUGCCAACAGCCGGUGCAGUCCAGGAUCUUGGCGACGCACCAGGUGGCGGUUCUCUAGUGACCAUUACCGACCCCGAAGGGUUCCCCAUAAACUUGGUUUUCGGACAAAAGCCUCUAGAUGUACAGGUCGAGCAUCCUGAGAAGGUCGUAUUGAAUUACACCGGAGAAAAAGCCCGCCGUCGUGAAUUUAACCGGUUUGAGCCAGGCCCAGCAGCUGUCCACAAACUCGGUCAUUUCGGAUUAUGCACACAAAAGUUUGAAGCACAAGUCGAGUUCUACACUUCAACCUUCAAUAUUGUCCCUACCGACCUGCUAUACAUCGAAAAGGACGGCCAGAAGAUAACCGUGAGCAUGUUCGCCCACAUAGAUCUGGGCAGCUCUCUCACAGAUCACCACUCGUUUUUCUUGAGUGCAAAUCCCGGUGCUGCACAUGUCCACCACUGUUCCUUCGAGGUGGAUGAUUACGACACCCAACAUCUAGGCCACCAAUGGCUUGCUCAGAAGGGAUACAAAUCUGUCUGGGGAAUCGGCCGUCAUGUUCUUGGAUCGCAGAUCUUCGAUUAUUGGUGGGAUACUACUGGCAACAUGGUUGAGCAUUACGCCGAUGGUGAUUUGGUGAAUGAGGAUACGCCAAUUGGGCAUGUGCAAGCUGGGAGUGAGUCUCUUGCUGUGUGGGGACCUGAGGUGCCGGCGAGCUUCUUGCAGUAG